UUGGCUACUCUGGACACAACCAGGUUAGGCACAGCCAGACGUUUAGCCACGAUGGUCACCAACAGACCUAACUUGACUGUCCGUCCGGCCACACCAAGCACAUCCACACUGGAUACAGUCCUGGAGUCGUCUGCCCUGGAUACCAAGCCGCGCACAGCCGUGGACUUCGCUACCGCAGACCCAACCAAGCGGGGCAUGGUCAUGGAUGUGGUAACCCCAGAGCCAGAGAAGCUGGGCACGGCCAGAGCUGCAGCAGGCCCAGCCAAGUCAGAUCCAACCACAGACGGAACAGCUGUGGAUUUGGCGGUGCCAGACACAGUCAAGCUGGGCACAGCCCGGAUGGACAGAGCCAUGACUUUGGCCAGAGCAAACACUGCCAAGCUGGACAGAACUACAGAUUCUUUGGCUUUGGACACAAGCAAGCUGGGCACAGCCAUGGGGGAGAUCACACUGGACAGAGUCAUUAACCUGACCAUAUCGGCCACCUACCCGCUGCAGCCAAGCAGCGGCACAGCCUCAGCAUGGGGCCAUGCUACCCCAGAUGCUGCCACAGACUGGCCCGCAGAGCCCGUCAUGCGGGCCCCGGCCAGAGAAGCCCUAGGGCUCCCAGAGGCCAGGACGGACGCAGCCAUGUCAGAGCUGGUGCCUGAGCCCAGGCCUAAGCCGGCCGUGCCCAUGAAACCCGUCAGCAUCAACUCAAGCCUGCUGGGCUACAUUGGCAUUGACACCAUCAUUGAACAGAUGCGCAAGAAGACCAUGAAGACUGGUUUCGACUUCAACAUCAUGGUGGUCGGUCAGAGCGGACUGGGCAAGUCAACGCUGGUCAACACGCUCUUCAAAUCCCAGGUGAGCCGCAAGGCCUCCAGCUGGAACCGGGAGGAGAAGAUUCCGAAGACGGUGGAGAUCAAAGCUAUUGGACACGUGAUAGAGGAAGGCGGGGUCAAAAUGAAGCUGACCGUCAUCGACACCCCGGGCUUCGGAGACCAGAUCAACAAUGAAAACUGCUGGGAGCCCAUUGAGAAGUACAUCAACGAACAGUAUGAGAAGUUCCUGAAGGAGGAGGUCAACAUCGCCAGGAAGAAACGCAUCCCCGACACUCGUGUCCACUGCUGCCUCUACUUCAUCUCCCCCACGGGACACUCCUUGCGACCCCUCGAUCUGGAGUUCAUGAGGCAUCUCAGCAAAGUUGUGAACAUCAUUCCCGUGAUUGCGAAGGCUGACACCAUGACCCUGGAGGAGAAGUCUGAAUUCAAGCAAAGGGUUCGAAAGGAGCUCGAAGUAAAUGGCAUUGAGUUCUACCCCCAGAAGGAAUUUGAUGAGGAUCUGGAGGACAAGACGGAGAAUGACAAAAUCCGGCAGGAGAGCAUGCCUUUCGCUGUGGUGGGAAGCGACAAGGAGUACCAAGUGAAUGGCAAGCGGGUCCUCGGCAGAAAAACUCCCUGGGGGAUCAUUGAAGUGGAAAACCUCAACCACUGUGAGUUUGCCUUGCUUCGAGACUUUGUCAUCAGGACCCACCUCCAGGACCUCAAGGAAGUGACGCACAACAUCCACUACGAGACCUACAGGGCCAAGCGGCUCAAUGACAAUGGAGGCCUCCCUCCGGUGAGCGUGGACACAGAGGAAAGCCACGACAGUAACCCCUGACGGCCCUUUCUCUGUAUCAUCACACACCCCCACUUUUCCACACACACAUCCCAAUACCACACCAACCACCUUCUUGCUUUCUACUCUGUCCCACAGGCCUGUCUGGUGUUUGUGGAGUUUGUCUACAGUGCGUGCGUGCGUGUGUGUGUGUGUGUGCGGGAAAGAGAGCGUAUGUGCCUGUGUGUGUGUGUGUGUGUGUACCUGCGCAGGGGUGAGGUAUUUUCACUGCCCUCCCUGGAAGGUCCCUUGUAAGUUUGGUUCCUCCAUGGCUGUCCAUUAUCUGUCUCCUUUCCUUGUGUCCCAGAACAAAGCCGGGUGCCUCACUCAAGAGGUCUAGGGGAGGUUUCACUUAAAAAUGAUGGGGAACAGGUGAGCCACAGGUAACUCUUUCUUAUCUCUGAAUCACCCACAAACGGGGACUGCAGAGACUCUCUGAGGACAGCUUUGGAGCUGGACCUGGGGGGAGGUGAGGGGUGGCCAUCUAGGGUAAGGCUAGGACUUCCUUGGAGAGGGAAGGUCAAGGGAGAGCAGAGUAGGCCGGAGCUGGGCUCCUGCAGAAAGGGUUCGUGCCCAGAAGUGGAGAAGAGAGUUCACCCUUCAGUGUGUGUCGUCUCCAUUGUCCGAAACCCACCACCUGUCACCGUCUGUCCUGGUUGCAGAUUCCUGCUUCCACACGCGCCUUGCCUCGCUCCCCUCUGCUCCUACCUUCUCCCCCUUCCCUCGUUCCUGCAUCUUGCCCCUCUCUGACUUCUUUCACUUGCUUUGAGUCUAAUUCACCUCAGCUACAUUUCUAUAUUUAGAAUUUAUGCCCAGUCCACUUCCAAAAAGGACUUGAGGCCACCUUAAAAUAAAAUCACAGCCAAAACACGUGACAGGAUACACUGGGAUUACAAGAGAAAUCAGACCCACAGAGAUGAGUGAGAAAGAAAAUUUCCACAGUGCAUGGUGGACCCGUGUGGGUCCAGGCAGAGGAGGAAACACAGUGAGUUACCCAGUUUCCAGUAUCUGGUUCGAGAAGCACCUGUGCUGGUCCAGUGAGACAACCUUUCUUUGGGCAUUAAGUUCUAGAAGAAUUAAAUCUGAAGAAGUAUUAAGAGCAAUACACAACUUUUGCCUUUCUUAGUGGUUUGGCUUCAGAGGCAAAUUUGAGACAACACCUCACUCUUCUCUAUCAGGAUUCUUCCUCCCGAACAAGCUGGCUUCUCUACUGCUUGCUUCUCAUACAUGCUUGUCCCCCUCUGGACUUCUGUUCUCUCUCACUGUGCAUGUCUGUCUGUCUGUCUGUCUGUCUUUCUCUGCUUUUCCCUGAUUCCCCCCUCCUCACUCCUGUAGACAUUCCUAACAAUACCCACAAUCAUACAGUCAGACUUUUCUUGCCGUUCCCUUCAGCCCUGUAUUUAUUAAUGCAUAGAUUCCCCCGUUGGUUUUACAAACAAGUUAUUCUUUCUCCUUUAGUCUGUAAGGUGGCUGAAACUUGGGGCUGGGGAAACAGGUUAGCCUUAGGUAAGGGAAAACACCAACUAGCUACAGUUUACAAUGACCUCAUAGUCUCCAGUUCCAUCUUCUGGUCCAGCCCUCGGUGUUUUACUGGUCCACGACAAAUCCCAGCAUUUCUAGUCUCUCAUCACUCAGGUGCUAGGAAAACACAUAGACUUCAGUCCAGGAUUCGGUGGGGCAGGGGAAAGAGGUUGAUGACUCCAAAACCAGAGCCCCAAAACCUAUGGUCUCAGUCUUCCUUGGAGGCUCUUUACCAAUCCCAUACACAUCCUCCCUCACCCACAAAGCUAUUGCAGGGUAAGCACCUGUCAGGAUAAAAUAGCAGCAGGGUUAAAGCCCAGAGGUUGCUACCUUUCAACAGGAGAGGGAUCCCUGGGGUAUACAGUAGGCAGUUGUGUAUGCAGACCUGGGACUGGCCACCUAGGACUGGCAAGGGGAGGUCUAGCCGGGGUGGCGGGCGUUGGAGAGGUUGAGUAGAGAAUGGUGCUUGGCACCCCUACCCCUUGAUGUCAGCCUCCCCGGAGAAGCUGUUUUGUGUGUCUGCUGCCAGCUGCUGGUCUCCACACCCUCAACCGUUCUCACCCCCUCUGCAGGGAGAAGGCCUCCUGGGCACUGUCCUUCCACCCGUGCCAGCCACCCCCUGCCCCACUGCUGAAUGAAGGCCAUUUCAAGCGCUGCUUCUCCCUCCAUUCCUCCCAGCUGUUAUUGCUGCAGGGCUGUGCCCUUUUUAGAGCUGUGCUUGCCCAGCCCACCACCACCACAGCCCCCCUCAGCUCUCAGGAGGUCGGAGGGGCCAUCUGUCUCUUUAGGACAGUUGCUUCCUCCCUGUAUCCAAACCGCCCCCCUCCUCCCAGUGGAAUGGAGUUCUCGCCAGCACGGCCCUCCUCCAUCGUCUGUGUCAGCCGGUCCCAGCCCAUCUGUAGGGGGAAAGAACUCAUCAAGAGCUCCUUCUGCCCUUGCAAACCCAUACCAGCUACUUGUAACCAUCUUCAAGGGGAAAUGGCAUUGCUCCCUGUCCAUUCAUCUGCAUGAGCUACUCUUGGCUUCCUUCAAGGGUCAAGAAAGCAACUUUUCUGCUUGUCAGAUUUGUUGAUGUCAGCCGUGUGAGCCCCAGUGUGGGACAAGGGUACCUCUUUCAUUGCUUAAAGCUUCUUUCUAAUGAUGGGUCACUACAGAUGUGGGGGAGCCAGGCCUAGGGUCACUUUAAAAAAAAAUUGCCACUUAUGGCUGGCCCAGAGUUCAGUUUCACACCCUCCCUACCCCGUAAGGCAGCCACUUAGAAAGAGUGGUUUUCCUGAAGAGACGUUUCUGGAAUUGACUUCCUUACCCUCGAACUUAAAAAAAGAACCAAACACAGACACAAAACUCCAGAAACCCACGGGAUGUGAACUCUAGGAAGAAAAAAAAAGCACCCUUCUGUCCACUUAGCAAUAAGAGGGAUCUCUUCCUACCUAUCCUGAUUACUCCUGCCCCCACCUCCACCCUGCUAAUGUGAGUAAUGAAUUAGCCUGGCCACAGUUGGUCCCUGUAGGCUAGUGGAAAAUACCCAGCGGAGGGCAAAGCCCCCCAUCAGAUGCAUGAAUGUUUGCGAAUGUUGGCUGCCACUGCCCCACAUACUGUGUCUUUAUGGGAUUCCCCCCCUGCCCGUCCACCCCCGCCAUCUCCACCUGGACACUACUUUCUCAAAGGCUGGUGACUUGUGGGCCAUUCAUCUACAAUUAAGUCCUGAUGGAGCAAGAGGCCCAAGCCUAGGGGAUGCAAGAACGACCCGUUUCUUAAAUGUUACCAGUCCCAGCCAACCUUUGGGUGACAUCGUGGUUAAAUUUCCCAGUUGAAAACAAGCCAACAGACACUCAGACUGGUUUUGUAAAUGUUGCUAGACUUUAUGUGUUGUACAACUAAACACUGCUGUUUGAACAGGA